UCAAGAAUCUCUAGCCCAGAGCCCACAGAAGUUGGAGUGGCUGGGUAGGGGAGAGCAGAAAGAAAUUGCAGACAAACCCCUGCCCUGGCCGGCUGAGACCCGAAGAAGCGUCUCCACUGCGUCCGGACCGAGUGUGGACGCGCCGCGCGCGGCCCCGCCAAGGCUAGGAGUUUGCAGACCGUCCCUGCCGUGGCCCGCUCGGCGGCGGCCCUGCGGCUCCGGCUGCAGCCGCGGCGGCCCCGGGCGCGUUGGAGUCCAGGUAGCCGCGCCGCAGGCUCUGGGCUCUGCACCCCGGCUUCCCGCCGCCUCUCGGGCCCCUCGGGGACGGCGCCUGGCGUGUGCUCCCGGCUGCUGCUGCUGCCCCAAAAGGAGGAGAGAUUAUUCUAAAGUGGACAGUGGAGGAGGACCCACCAGACCAUCAGAAUGGAAGCGAGGAAAGGAAAUCGACUGACACAGGAGCCGGAGUGAGACUGAUGAACCCACAAACCUACACCAUGAAUUUGUGUCUCCUUUCUACGUCAUAAGAGCCAAGCAUCAGUGAAGUUGUCAGAGAGCAAUGGCUCUCUUUACUCCGUGGAAGCUGUCCUCUCAGAAGCUGGGAUUUUUUCUUGUGACUUUUGGCUUUAUUUGGGGUAUGAUGCUCCUCCAUUUUACUAUCCAACAACGAACUCAACCUGAAAGCAGCUCCAUGUUGCGUGAGCAGAUCCUGGACCUCAGCAAGAGGUACAUCAAAGCGCUGGCAGAAGAAAACAGGAAUGUGGUGGACGGGCCGUAUGCUGGGGUCAUGACUGCUUAUGAUCUGAAGAAAACUCUUGCUGUGUUGUUGGAUAAUAUUUUGCAGCGCAUUGGCAAGUUAGAAUCGAAAGUGGACAAUCUCGUAAUCAAUGGCACAGGAACAAACUCAACCAACUCCACCACGGCUGUCCCCAGCUUGGUAGCACUUGAGAAAAUUAAUGUGGCAGAUAUCAUUAAUGGAGCUCAAGAAAAAUGUGUAUUGCCUCCUAUGGAUGGCUACCCCCACUGCGAGGGGAAAAUCAAGUGGAUGAAAGAUAUGUGGCGCUCAGAUCCCUGCUACGCAGAAUAUGGAGUGGAUGGGUCCACCUGCUCCUUUUUUAUUUACCUCAGUGAGGUUGAAAAUUGGUGUCCUCGUUUACCUUGGAGAAUAAAAAAUCCCUAUGAAGAAGCAGAUCAUAAUUCUUUGGCAGAAAUUCGUACGGAUUUUAAUAUUCUCUAUGGUAUGAUGAAAAAGCAUGAAGAGUUCCGGUGGAUGAGACUACGGAUCCGGCGAAUGGCUGACGCUUGGAUCCAAGCAAUCAAGUCCUUGGCAGAAAAGCAGAAUCUUGAAAAGAGAAAAAGGAAGAAAGUCCUUGUUCACUUGGGACUCCUGACUAAGGAAUCUGGAUUUAAGAUUGCAGAGACAGCUUUCAGUGGUGGCCCUCUUGGUGAAUUAGUUCAGUGGAGUGAUUUAAUUACAUCUCUGUAUUUACUGGGCCAUGACAUUAGGAUUUCAGCUUCACUGGCUGAGCUCAAGGAGAUAAUGAAGAAAGUUGUAGGAAACCGAUCAGGCUGCCCAACUGUAGGAGACAAAAUCGUUGAGCUCAUUUAUAUUGAUAUUGUAGGACUCUCUCAAUUCAAGAAAACUCUUGGACCAUCCUGGGUUCAUUACCAGUGUAUGCUCCGAGUCCUGGAUUCAUUUGGCACCGAACCAGAGUUUAACCAUGCUAACUAUGCCCAGUCAAAAGGCCACAAGACGCCCUGGGGCAAGUGGAAUCUGAACCCACAGCAGUUCUAUACCAUGUUCCCUCAUACCCCAGACAACAGCUUUCUGGGAUUUGUGGUUGAGCAGCACCUGAAUUCCAGCGACAUCCACCACAUUAAUGAAAUCAAAAGGCAGAACCAGUCCCUUGUGUAUGGCAAAGUGGAUAGCUUCUGGAAGAAUAAGAAGAUCUACUUGGACAUUAUUCACACAUACAUGGAAGUGCAUGCAACUGUCUAUGGCUCCAGCACAAAGAAUAUUCCUAGUUACGUGAAAAACCAUGGCAUCCUCAGUGGACGGGACUUGCAAUUUCUUCUUCGCGAAACCAAGUUGUUUGUCGGACUUGGGUUUCCCUAUGAGGGCCCAGCUCCCUUGGAGGCCAUUGCAAAUGGAUGUGCUUUUCUGAAUCCCAAGUUCAACCCACCCAAAAGCAGCAAAAACACAGACUUUUUUAUUGGCAAGCCAACUCUGAGAGAGCUGACAUCCCAGCAUCCUUAUGCUGAAGUCUUCAUUGGCCGCCCACACGUUUGGACUGUUGACCUCAACAACCAGGAAGAAGUAGAAGAUGCCGUGAAAGCAAUUUUAAGUCAAAAGAUCGAGCCAUACAUGCCAUAUGAAUUCACAUGUGAGGGGAUGCUGCAGAGAAUCAAUGCCUUCAUUGAAAAGCAGGACUUCUGCCAUGGGCAGGUGAUGUGGCCGCCUCUCAGUGCCCUGCAGGUGAAGCUCGCUAAGCCCGGGCAGUCCUGCAAGCAAGUGUGCCAGGAGAACCAGCUCAUCUGCGAGCCUUCUUUCUUCCAGCACCUCAACAAGGACAAGGACAUGCUCAAGUACCAGGUGACCUGCCAAAGCUCAGACCUGGCCAAGGACAUCCUGGUGCCCUCCUUCGACCCCAAGUACAAGCACUGUGUGUUUCAAGGUGACCUCCUGCUGUUCAGCUGUGCCGGCGCCCACUCCAGGCACCAGAGGAUCUGCCCCUGCCGGGACUUCAUCAAGGGCCAGGUCGCCCUCUGUAAGGACUGUCUAUAGCGGCACUGGCCAGCCCCAUGCACACUCCACUGGGAACGACAGUGGCUCCAGCCCUGGGGGAAGAGCCAGGGGCUCCAGGUCAUUCAGGGACUCUCGCCAGAGCCUGAACAUUUUGGUGGAAGGUUUCAAUUUGUUAUUGCUCCUACUGAGGUCAGGUCCACAGUGGGGUUUUCACCAAAAGAAAACCAGAGCGGAUGUCAGGCCCGGUGCCUGGGUCCUCCCUGGCCAAACUGUAGGGAGACUCUUGAUGCAGCUGCUCCGGGAUAGGAAGAGAGUCUCAAGAUUAAUUUCAGAAAAAAACCAGAAAAGGAAUUGAGCAGAUUGGAGAAACUCUAUGGGAACAUUCUUCAACCCAUUAACUUAUUUA